AUAACGAAAAUAAUAAUAACGACACGAGAAAAAGCUAUAGAUAAAAAAAGGAAAAGAAAAGCAUGGCACCCUUUCGUUUCUUUUUAAUCGUCAUUCUUCUGUCGUUGACGUUUUUGCUCAGGACCGAGGCUUCUCCGUUGAUAGUUCCUAUCAGAAAAAAGACUAAAACCCGUUUUCAAUGUCAGAAUGGAUAUAAAAUGGAUAUUCUCGGGAAAUGCCGACGCGUUAUAUAAAUUUCAAGGUAUGUGAAUCGAUCUAUCCUAUCUAUUUACCAGGGGGAACCAAAACCAGGGGAAAAAUGGGUCUUUCGAAGCGUCAUCUUUAUCUCUGUUGGUACAUCCUCAUCUUGGCUGUAUUGACGUGGCCAUUGGAGGAAGGGACGGCGAAACGUACGAAACGUUUCGAAUGGACCGAUAUCGAACAGGCGGCCAAAAAGAUGACCGGUGCCAUAUCGACGAAAUUAAGCACAAUCUUUAAUCGGCAACCCGCUGAUAAUACGAGUGUCAAAAUGGAGGAAGAAUCUAAUACUACCAUUGUCCUACCUGACGUGGAAUCGCGACAGAUCAUCGUAGCACCGAUUAGGUGUCCACCUAAUCACGUGAUCAUCAAUGGAAAAUGUCGUCUCAACCUCGAAGGAUUAUGACAAAGUAGACGCAAAGACGAUGACGAGGACGACGACGACGACGACGACGAGGACUUUGUAUGAAAGAGAAAAGUUACGAAUUUAAAAAAAAGUUCCCCUAUUCCCCCUUACAAAAAGUACCCCACCAGCAAUAUUUCUCCAAAAGAAAAAGAAAAAAAAAAUAAUGCAUAAAGAUGAUACGAUAUUUAUUUUUAUUUUCCAAGAAAUUACACAAAACGCACUGUAUUCCACGUUUUUCGAGAUAAAUUCCUUGUAAAUUCGA